AUGGUCUUCGAUGAAGAGGUGGGAAAUUCCAAUGUGGUCGAGGGAAGCGAGGCUGUCCGCUCCCCACACCACUCGGAGUUUUUGAGUCACUCACCGUGGCCGGCCCUGAAAUUUCGCGAUGGUGGCCUUGUCUUGGAUUGGAUUCGUGCUGCCUACGCCGCCGCAUCUUUCUUCUCCCUCCGCUUGCCUAUCCCCACCGCCGCUCUGCCAGUGCCUGUCCAGAACCUGGCGGGGGGUCCAUCUCUCUCCCCUUGGACGGCUGGAGCCCGGGGGCCGAGAAGUAUGGGUCUUUCCUACCUUAUCCGCUUUCAAAUGGGCCUCAAAUUGUGCAAAGCCGUGGGGGCUGAUAUCUACGCAGUAACUCCGUUCCUGCCACGGCUGGCAAGGAUUCUCCCACACUUUGUCCGAGCGUCCGAUGACUGGUUCGAGCAAAAAAGGACUAACGUGCUGGAUUUGUGUUUGUUGGUCGCGGCCGAGUUCACAGGCGGAUUUGUCAGUUCACUCUCAUCCAAAUCUGAAUCUCUUGAGCCCAAGAGAGUCUACGAUCUGAGGGGCCACAAGAGCUUCAUCGGUCGUGUCCCCAGAGAUAUGUAUCCUCAAACGGGAGAGAUGUGCCCACUUCACCCGAGGAAGCUCAUGAGAUCAAUCCCACUUCCGCCCUCGGCACCGAAGGACGGCCAUCUCCACAACCGUCAAGGCCGUCCGGAUCACGAGACACGUUUACCUUUCGGCUACCCAGGCCAGCGGUUCGCGCAACGAGCACACUGUCUCUCUCCGUCGGGAGGAAACAAACAAGAGUUGGCCCGUGAACCCGGGUUCCUGACAUUGGUUUGCGUCUGCAUGUCUCUCUCGGAAACGAAACGAGUCAAGGUUGGUCGUCUCAAGCAGAGACUGGUGUGUCCGAUGAGACGAGUUGACGGAUGGAUGGGUGGUACCGGGACGCGAUUACAGAUAUCGCCUGACUGGAUGAACGUGACCGUGCCUUUUGACGACCUGACUUGCAUCCCAUGA